AUGGUGAGUAAGAAGGUUUUUAGGCGCGGAGAUGUGCGUCAGCGUAUCUUUCGAUUUGUAUCUCUCUCUGUUUUCUUUGCCAUUCUGGUAAUGUUGUAUUUUUCUUUUGUUCGCUUCUUAAUGGACGUGGAGGAUGGGAAAGAUGAUGUCCAAAGAGUGUCGGUUGUGAUCCCUCUUGCGAAUUGCAGUGAUCCUCGGCGUAGUUUUCAACCGUUGGGUGAGUUUAAAUUUUGGGGAAAAGUGAUGAAUGCAUCGUGGCCGUGUCCAACAUCUGGGAUGAAUAAUCAAUUGAUGAUGAUGAUGGGAAAACUGUUUUGUCUUUCAGAAGCGGAAGCGAAGCGGGGCGCUGCUGUUUCUUCAAAUGGCAAUAGUCAUGAUAAUAAUAAUAAUAAUAAUAAUAAUAAUAAUAGUAAUAGUGGUGGUAAAGAAGUUGGUAUUGUGAAUAAGCAUUCCCCUUCCGUCGCAGUAUUUAAAUGGAAGGAUAUCACUUGUUCCCCUACUGGUGGAAAAGAAGGAAAAAGACGUUAUGCUGUGGGUGGAGAUGAUUAUGUGUAUAUGUGGUUUCGCUGGAGUGAACUUAUGGAAUUCUCAGAGGUGCGACUACACGCGACUGCCACCUCUGUGAAUGCUGUUGGAUAUGCAGGUGUGGUAUCACUACUUCCUACAGCUAAUGAAACUACUCAAAAAGAAGAAAAAGAAAAAAAAGGAGAACAAGAACAACAACAGUUAUUAAAGACCUCACAUGAUGCGACGCAUGUAACUCAUAUCUGUUUAUCGGAUGUAUACGGUUGGAGUGAACAGCCAUGGUUAUCGUCUUGUCCAGCCUCUGUAGAUGCUAUUUGGGGAACUGCUGUAUAUUGGGAUAUGCGAUAUGCACUUAAACUACAUACAUGGUUUGAAAAGACGGCAGUAGACUUUCUACAGCGCCACGGUGUAGCCCGCAGUCCAUCUCAAUCUCAUUUACACGCCGUACUUGGAUUACAUAUACGUCGUGGUGAUUAUGAAAAGUUUUGUCGUGAGAAUGCACAUGGAAAAGGACGAAGAAAGUAUCGUGUCCCACCCUUUGUUUAUUUGAAAAGGUGGAAACAUCCAAAUAAUACUAUAUUGGGAGCAAAUUUCUGGGAUGCGUGUUAUCCUUCAUUACAACAGAUCAUUACAACAGUAGCAACAAUAACUGCAAAGUAUACACAUAUUCGAACAGUAAUGCUUAUGACGAAUAGUGUCUUUUUUCGUAAAGCGUUAACAGACGCAUUACGUGAACGGAAGGAUACACAACAUCUUAAUGUACUUUCAUUUGUUGCAGCUGCACCGGAUAGAAAUCGUGCGACGACGACGAAUACUAAUACUAAUACUACUACUACUAGUGAAGGAGGAGAUAAUAGGAGUAAUGUAGAUAUACAUAGUAGUAAUAAUAAUAAUACUAUUACUACUACUACUACUACUACUACUACUGCUGUGGCUGGUGAGGUACCGCCAUCUUAUUGGGGAAGAAGUGGUGCUGCCUAUUACACAACUGCAGAAGCUGCGUGGAUGGAUAUUGCACUCAUCUCACUUGCAGAAGUGAUGGUACUUAAUCGUUAUAGUACAUUUAGUCAUUCUGUUGUGGAUGUUCAUAUUCUGCGAGAGAAGCGGUUGGCAUCUAAACUUUAUUGGUGGUAA